UCGCUUUCCAGCAGUGCGCGCGCAUUGUUUGCGGACUUCGGCUCCGAUCCGGGACGGCUCAGGUGGACGGUUUAUUGAUUUGUGUCACGUGAUGUUGAUGGGGCGACGUGUGAGCCUGGGACCACGGAGGACCCUCAUAUAGCCAGGAGCAGACUCGUCGGUGGUUUGUUGCCUCCUCCCUCCUCUCCUGUUGUCAUCUCGCUGUCUACCGCGAGCGGAGCGCAACUUAACGCCUCUCUGCUGUCCUAAUCACACGGGAGAGGAGGGGUUGGAUACGUACGGUUUGCGCCACUUUCGCACCGAUUCUCCAAACAUCCAAUGGGACCCGACGACUGAAGCCAGCCUUCUGCAUCUCUCUGACCCCGAAGCCGCAGCCAUGGACUGCUGCGCUUUUGGUCCGACGCGCCUGCUGUUCCCUGGAUACUUACGCGUCGCGCUGAUGUGGGUCGUGCAAUUGGGAGCGUUCGCGCAACACGCUCCGGAGUGUCACCCGGGAGGCCAUCGGAUUUUGCGUAAUCCCUAUCGCAGCGUCGACUUUGACUCCACGGAGAUCCAGAACACGGCCAUCCAGGACCUGAUCUGUGACCACUCGCUGUCACCCGGCUGGUACAGGUUCAGGAUCAACAACAAGCCGGCGGAGAUGCCGACCACCUGCAUCGAGAUGAAUCGUUGCGGUACACAGGCUCCGGUGUGGCUGUCCCUGAAGGACGCCUCCCUGCCGAGGCCCGGCGAGGUCCGCCAGCUCUCUGCCUGUGCCACCUGGCAGUUCUUCCACGGCAGUGCCAAAGACUGCUGCCUCUUCCGCAUCCCCGUCACGGUGCGGAACUGCGGCGACUUCCUGCUGUACUACCUGCAGCCCACGCAGGGCUGCAUGGGAUACUGCGCUAAAGUCGCUCCGGAUUCGGGACCCAGACUCUGUCCACCUGGUGAGGUCGAAGUCAACGGCCGAUGCAAAGCUGCCAUUCCAUCCCUGCCGUCUCGGCCCGUCAUCACCCCUGAGCUCAUCGGCCAAAGUGUCCACCUGAGGUGCUCCUUCGUCCCGCCGCCGUGGAGCCAGCCGCUGGGCUUCCAGGUGGUUUGGGCCAGACGCAUCGGCCACAGCAUGAAGGCCGAGAUCAGGCAGGAAUCCACAGCGAAGCCCUUCUCUCUGGCCGAGAUGGAUGGCGUUCACUUCAGGCUCGGGGAAACGUUCUCCUGCAGCGUGUCCACUUUCAGGGCCAACUUCAGCCACAGCAGAUCCACUCCAAAAGAAAGCGAGAGCUUCUACGCUGGACUGAAGUUUUCUCCGGAUUCGCUUCACAUAGCAGAGGACGGUAAGGAGCACGAGGUGACCGUCCACAGCACGGUGCCCAUCCCCUGCCACGGCUCCGACCACGGUCAUCAGUGUGGGGUCCCUCUGGCUCUGAGUGUCCAUGACCCCGACAGUCUCGGACGCGAGGCCUCAAAUGUGGUGCUGUCCGCCUGCCAGGUGGAGCUCCAGCCUAAUGCCUGCAGCGACGGCAGCUGUGGCGAAGCAGCUUUCUUCGUCACCGCUGUCACUGACUUCACACGAGAUGGAAACCGACUGAGUCUGGUCGGUUUUAUGCCGGGACCCAGUGCACCACGACUGUGGAGAAACUAUGCCCCAGAGUCCAUGAAAGUCACGGUCCAGGACGUUCCUACUUCCAUCUGCUACUCUCUGACAGACCCGCAUCUCAUCACCCUGGAUGGCAGGCGCUAUGAAAACCACCAGACUGGCACCUUUGUCCUCUACCGGAGCCUCGUCAGGGAGUUCGAGGUCCACUCUCGCCAGUGGGACUGCGGCAGCCGACACUACUCUGUCGCCUGCAACUGCGGCGUUGCGGCGCGAGAGGGGGACGAGAUUGCCGUCUUUGACAUGUGCGACGGCCAGCCGCAGGAGACCAGGCCGCAGCUCACCCUCAGGAACUUGGGUGAAAGGGAGGGUAGUCGUGUCAGGGUCCUGGAGUCCCGCCAGGGGAAGAAGGUCACCUUGAUCUUUCCCUCCGGGGCCUUUGUUAGGGCCGAUGUUGGCGACUGGGGGAUGAGUCUAUCUGUCCGAGCGCCCAGCGUCGACUACGGCAGGACGCGAGGCCUCUGCGGCACCUUCGACCGCAACGGCAACAACGAUUUCCACGGCCCUGACGGCAGCUCGUUUGGCCCAGAUGAUCUGCAUCGCUUCAUAGAGCUCUGGAGGAUAGCUCCCGGUGAGAGUUUAUUCGACAAGACGCCUCCUGGGGUCACACAGGAGGUCAGGAGGCCCUUCUGUCAGUGCCAAAAAGGAUACAGCACCUCUCAUCUCGGUGGCAGAGGGAUGAGGAACUUGUACGAUCCUUCCGCUCACUCCGACUGCGUAGCGUAUGAUAAUGUGGAUUACACAUCUGUGUUCCCCUCUAUGGACACAACGGUGGAAUACAUCAAGAGUCCACAAAGAGAGGAAAGCAUCCUGGAUAUGUCUGCCUUUAACACUCACCCUCUGGAGAGGAGGCACCUUCGGAUUCACGGCGAGAACAGUAAAAACGCUGACCGUGAACUGGACGGCGAGUUCAGGGAGGAUCUUCUCCUUUCUGUCGACAGGCCAAAGAGACAAGCGUCGUUUGAAUUCCAGCCCGUCUUCACCGCUCAGAGCCUCAGUCAAGCCGAUCUUGAGAACUUCGCCUACUUCUUCCCCGAGGAUCACUUGGCUGAAGCUCGACCGGAGGUGCAGCCCCGCUGGCCGACGCCGAGCGGCCUGACAUCGGCCAAAGCUCUGGAGGUGUGCCAGAUAGCUUUGGCUAACUCCACUGUUGGUGCUGUGUGCCGCGGGCUGCUGGGACGUCGCCUGGAUGAAGCAGUGGAUCUCUGCAUUUUGGACCUGCAGCUCAAAGACGACCUGGGCUGGGAGGAAGCCCUCCUGCCAUACCUGGAGAACGAGUGUGAGAGGAGGCUGUUGGAAAACCGCACCCAGAGAGCCUUGGAGGUGGCUGGUCCACCAGGAGCGUCCAAGGAGGUGGUGACAGCGUUGCGCUGCCCCAACUUUUGCAACGGAAAUGGAGAGUGCACCGAGUGGGGCUGCCAGUGCUAUCCCAGCCACAGCUUCUACGACUGCAGCCUGGCCAUCAGCCAGCCGGUAGAGUUAACAGAUUUGGAGAACGGCGGACUGUGUGACAUCCGAGCCUUCAACUGUCGCAGCGUUCGAGUCUUCGGCCUGGGCUUCAUCGACUCUCCCGACCUCAGCUGUCACGCCACCAGACUGAAGUACAUGAACGGAGUUUGGGCUCCGGGGGAAAAACAGAGAACAAAAGCCUCGUUCCUCAGCUCCAAGGCUUUAGACUGCGCCGUCCCAUCUCUGAGCAACACGGCCGUCAACACGGAAGACUUCAUGAUGGACGACAAACCUUACGCACGCUGGGAGAUCAAGGUAACCAACGAUGGCUCCCAGUACAGCCAGGCCAAGGUGCUGACCAUCUACGACGGCGUCUGCCAGGUCUGCGAGGCGUCGCGCUCAGGACUCUGUAAGUUAAAGGAGAGGACAUGUACCAUCGACGGGAUGUGUUUCACGGAGGGAGACUCCAAUCCCAGCAGCCCCUGCCUCCUCUGUGAUCCGGACACGUCCAAAUUCACCUGGUCCGUGAACCAAGUCAAUGAGCCGCCAGCCUUCCACCGACCUCAGAGUGACCUGCGGACAUUUGCCGGGGAGAACUUUGUCUUCCAGUUUGCAGCAUCAGACCCGGAGGGCUCGGCGCUCCUCUUCCAGCUGGAGGACGGGCCAAAGGGGGCCGUCCUGUCCCCUGCCGGACUCCUCAUCUGGAGGGUCCCGUCGUUUCCCGCCGAGGAAGGGUUACGACAGUCGAGCCGCUCCUUCCGCUUCACGCUGUCGGACGAGUGCAACGCCCAGAGCAGCUUCACCGUGGAGAUUGAUGUGGUGCCGUGUGGGUGUCAGAACGGAGGAACGUGUGUGACGGACAUCAACUUCCCCGCCGGCAGCGGGAAGUACCUGUGUGUGUGUCCCGACGGUAAGCGGGGCGACCUCUGCGACGAGGACGCAGAUGAAUGUUUGUCCGCCCCGUGCACGCUCGGCACGUGCGUCAACACCGCCAGCGGGUACAGAUGUGAGUGUCCUGCGGGGCUGAGAGGCGUGACGUGCUUGGAAGAUAUCAAUGAGUGUGAAAGGAAGCCCUGUUUCCAAGGAGUCCAGUGCUUCAACAGCUUCGGCUCCUACGGCUGCGGCCCGUGCCCCAAAGGCAUGAUGGGAAAUGGAACGGCGUGUACAGUCAUCAGGCCUGUCCUCAUCCCUCCCACAUCUGCUCCUCGUACGACUGUCUACAAGAUACCAGAUGUUCUGCUGCAGCCACCUAAACUAAAGACAGACACGUUCCGGAAGACCUCAAGUGGUAGCUUCCUGCACACAAGGACUGAGGUGGGGAAGACGGUCCCAUGGGUGGACCGAAACCACCCAAAGACCACCACGUGGAGACAAACUCCAGGAACAAACCAGAGUCCAGUGCUCCCUACGGCAGCAAGCAACAAGAGCAUCACAGCCAUUCCAACACUCGUGUCCCAGAGCGGUUCUCCAAGAAAAAACCCAACCACGACUCCCACGGACACUUUCAAGAACAUGUCAGGAAUUACACCGGACCGAGUCCAGCCUCAUCCGUCGCAAAUCAGCAACAGCAUUGUCAAGACAUCCGCUGUCAUCCAGAAACGGGGAGACGGCAAACCGGCGUCAGGAUCAGGUCAGUCGCCGGCUGUGAAUGUGUCCUCUACAUGUGCCAGCAGGCCCUGCUUCCCUGGGGUCCAGUGCAUCAACCGCAGGCCGCCUCACGUCGGCUACGUCUGCGGCCGCUGUCCGCCGGGCCUUUAUGGCAACGGACGCGUCUGCAUGAAGAACGCCAAAGCAGCAUCCAAUCACCUUCCUCAGCAGCAGACGAUUAGCAAAACCAGCCGCUCCCAGCACGGAAGCACCAGCAAAGUCUCUCAGCUCCACCUGCCCAACCUUCCCACUAGGUCUGGGGUCAAACACCUGUCCUCAUCCGUCACCAGAGCGAACCGAGAUAACACGCCACAGCAGGUUAUCGCCUCAGGCAGGGGAGGCGGGACGGGGAGGAGAGAGGCGGUCACCGCGUCCAGAGAUGUUCCAAGAACAUCAGUCAGUGCCCACCGUGUCACUUCAAACGCUCACAUCACCCGCCAAAGUGCCAGGACACACGUCAGAUCCAGCACAACCAUCUACAGAGAUUUUAUGGUUCCACAUGUGACGGCCUCCAAGCAGUCUGAAGGAGCACUGACUAGUGCCACACCUUCCAGGGUAACCUCGUCCAUAUCUCACCCGUCCACUCAGUCUGGUAAAGUGACGCAGCUCAAAGAGACAACCCAACCCCAGCCCAACCAUCUGACAGCCACCCAGGCCAAACCCUGGACCCCUCCGAAACCUGCCCUCCCACUUACAGCAGCCCUCACCGCUCUGUCCUACUCGCUGUCUGAGUCAGAGUUCUCUGCAGAUGGGGACGAGGCUGAGCCUGGAUCUGAAGGCCCGGAGACGCCGCGGACGGUCUACAGCAGCUCCCUGCUGCAAAGAGCUACCACCUCCCAGCCCGGGGAGAGGAGCGGUACGACAGCCGACAAACAUGUGACCACCUGCGCUGACCGGCCAUGUUUUCCUGGUGUCCUCUGUGAGCCAGCAAUGGACGGGGGUUUCCGCUGCGGGAGGUGUCCUGUGGGGUACACCGGAGACGGACGAGCCUGUCGAGCUGUCUGCAGACACACCUGUGGUAGGAACAUGGAGUGUGCUGCGCCCAAUACCUGCCGAUGCAAGCCAGGAUACGCUGGUUUGGACUGUCAGACAGCGAUCUGUGAGCCGGACUGUAUGAGCGGCGGCGUUUGCAUAGCUCCCGGUGUGUGUCAGUGUCCCCGAGGUUUUCAUGGAGAAACCUGUCAGGAAGCUCUGUGCAGGUUACCGUGUGAAAACGGAGGCACCUGCGUGGGACCGCAGACGUGUUCCUGUCCUUACGGGUUUGUUGGACCUCGAUGCGAGACCAUGGUGUGUAGCCGUCACUGUCACAACGGGGGCCAGUGUGUGUCUCCAGACGAGUGCAUGUGUCCACCCGGCUGGACCGGACCGUCCUGUGAGACUGCCCUGUGCUCUCCCGUGUGUCUGAACGGAGGCUGGUGCGUUCGAGCGAACAUUUGCGAGUGUCCUCACGGUUUCUACGGCGCCCAGUGUCAGAACGCCGUCUGCAGUCCGCCAUGUAAGAACGGCGGCGUGUGCAUGAGGAACAGCGUCUGCUCGUGUCUGCAGGGAUACACCGGGAGGCGAUGCGAGAAGAGUGUGUGCGAGCCCAUGUGCAUGAACGGCGGCAGGUGUGUCGGUCCAGACGUUUGCGAUUGCCCGUCAGGUUGGCGAGGAAAGAGAUGUGAGAAACCCAGCUGUCUGCAGAAGUGUCUGAAUGGAGGCGAAUGUGUGGGCGCCAACACCUGCCACUGCGCCCCAGGCUGGCAAGGCAUGCUGUGCCAGAUCCCUCACUGCGAACAGAAGUGUCUGUACGGCAGUCGGUGUGUCCGACCGAACGUCUGCGCCUGUCGGAGCGGAUACUCAGGUUCUCUUUGCUCCAGAAGGCUCCCUGUUGUCCAAGGCUGAAACCCGCAAGCAACCACCAAACACCAAACAGUCGGCGUUCAGUCGGCACCGACAAAAACCUUCAGCGCGGACAUUCAUCGAGACAAAAACCCAAAGUGUUUCCAGCACAGACUGUCGGAGCAAAAUAAAACUGAAAGCCUGGAAGAAAUGUUUUUAGCUGCAGCACAUUUAGCUUUACAGGACAUGAAGAAAAUGUGCUGAUGAACAACAUGAGUAACCUGGCUGCUUGCACGCACAUAAACAUGGUGGACCUUUGAUUUAAAAAAGUGGUUAUUUAUCCAAAAAUACUCACAAACUGCAAGAACGUGAAGCCUAAAUAUGGAGCUGACGGAUGAAUAAAUGUCUCAUACCUCGACUUAUUGUUCACAUCCGCAAUGCUAACAAGUCUUCCCAAACACUUCAGAGGAUCGAAUCACUGCAUCCAAGUGUCAGAUUUCUUAUUUUUUUGACUUCAUAAACAUCAGGAUUUUACAAGCAGCUCCUUUCAUUUAAAAGCUGAACACAGUUUUUACUGUAAAUGCCAGCAAACCAAAACCUCAGUAUGAGUAUUUAUUUAUUUGGUUGUUUCAUAUUGUCGCAUAUUUCCUGUUGUAUAUAUCUUAAUCGUUGUAUAAUCGAUGUUAUUUCUUAUUAAAGCUUGUUUAUUGGUUGUUUUGUAAGAAAACACAUAAAGAUCCUUUAAAGGUA